AUGCUGGAAACGCGCAGCGUGCCUCUCGAAAAUCGACCGCGACUUCCCCGCAUACCCCUUAGCAAGCGAAAUCGAGCAGUCGUGCGGGCUCUUAACCGAAUCCUGGUGACCUAUUUGGAAGCCAGCCGGGACCUUUGCGAGACGGACUCAAUUCUUUUUGGCGCCGCAGUGGCAGUAUGCCAUAUUAUUGGCGCCAAACUUCCUACUGCUGGACGUGCUACUCGACAAAGUAUCGCCAUCCCAGCCUGGAAAAAGAGAAUUGAGGACCGUAUCGCAAAGGCAAGGGCCCUUAUCGGCAGACUGACAAGCUUCAGGAUUGGUAAUAAUAGACCGAGAGUUGUGCGCACCGUUGGAAUGGCGUUUGCUGGGACAAAUAUUAGUUUGUCCCAGCCGGAUAUCACGCAGAAACUAACGGAGCGCAUAGAUGACCUGAAGCAAAAAUCGCUGCUUGGGGGAAGCGGAUUCGACGAUUUAGCGAGAGGUCAAGGCAGUUCAACCAGAAUCGUCUUUUUCAGAGUGAUCAGAAGAGGCUCUAUAAAUCAUUGGAGCGACUAG